AUGUCAUCACCCUGGGAACGCAAGCGGGCCGAGUCCCCUGGUUCCGCAGCCAAAUCCGAAGAGUCAUCGGAUGAAACGAACCAUGGACCCAAGAAUGGAUUUGGCCUACAAGAGCCCUCUCGGCCAUCAGUGACUCCUCCGACCACAAACGACACACCCUCUCCGCAACCAAGGACUCCUCCAACCACCAUCGACACAGAAGAAAUGUCCCAAGACCUUACGGAUGACAAGAUGACCGAACCAGAGGCCAAUAUACAAUCCGAUGAACGAAGCGAAGACUCUGACAUGGACGACGGCGACUCUGACCUGGGCGACGGCGAUGCCAUCCUCGCCCGUGGCGAUUGCCGCGAUCCAGCAAAAUUGACCAAAUAUGGAUUUCGGCCCGUCUGGCAUUUUCAUCUUGGCUAUCCCGAACCGACGAUUCCCCUCGAUAUCCAGGAAUAUUUGACCGACGGAAAACGUCGCGGUACAGCUUUUGUGGGUCCUCUGAGGAGCAUAGCUUGGUUAGCGGGCCUAGAUGAACUUGUGGAGGCCAUUGAUAGCCCCGCGUUCACAAUUCAAGACUCGAUUGAAACAGUCCCAUUCGGCUGUGAACUGACGUGGCCUGUUGAAUACCAUAUCGAGCAAGGCACAAUCCCCCUUCAUAUUGUUAAGAAAGUGUGCCCCCGCCAAUUCUGGGGCCCGGAUGUUGAUCCGUUGCCUCCAGUGCAAUACCAAUGCCCCGCAGGCAUUACUGACAGACCUGCCCUCUACCCGCUGGGAGAAAUUUCAGCAGACAGUCGAUUGAAAGGGCCGGAGGGUAAAAUUCUGUGUGCACGAACUAAGUCCAACAAGAAUUUGAAGGCUCUGGAACGACAGAUUCACCGCAUGGCAGAUGGGAAGUUUGAGUCGGGUCGAUUCCUGUUCCGAUCUGUCAAACUUUCAGCACUGAGAUCUACACUGGCAUUUUUCAUUCCCCACACCGGUGGAGACAACAAGGACAACGAGUUUGGGCCAGGGAUCUAUACCACGACAAGCCUUUCCACCAGUCUGGGAUAUCUUCGAGGCGGAGUGGGUGCGAUCAUGGUCUUCAGAAAUCCGGCCCUCGAGCGAGCCUCAGUCUGGCAACCAAACCUUCGGCAAUGGGAGGCCUUGGUGGCAAAUUGGCUGGACCGUUCGCCGGUUAUUGCGCAAGAACCAACGCCUCCCGAGUAUUACACGGCGGAUUUCAUCCAAGGGGCAAUUAGGGAAGAACAGCCGGAUCCCCGAAGCCCUCAACUCCAGGUGCCCAUCCAGUCAGAAGAAGCUCAGGUGGUAGCCGUCAGUUACAGGGGUUGCGAGAUCUUGGCCGAUGCGUUUUAUAUGCUUAUCUUUGUUGAGACGGUCUGA